AUGCUUCGUUGGGCAAAAUUUAUUUUUUACCGUAGACUCACUGUGGAUAAGCUCCUGCAUGAAGUGGCCUCGAUGUCAUUAUUGUGUGGUUCUUGUGUUAAAACGCAACCGUUUACAACUAUGCAUGCAUCUGGUGAGCCUUUCGCGUUGGAACAGAAUUACGAGAACGCUAUUUCCUCGUUGAACUCACUGCAAUCCAACUUUAGCGUUCAACAAGCUUCUGUACUCCGAAAGCAUACGGAUGAUUGCAAGCAUAUUAAUGAUACGAUUAAAUAUUUAGAACGCGUUGGUCUUUCAUUGCCGCGUCUAGAUAAGCUUCCGGCGAUACACGUAUCAGGGACCAAGGGAAAGGGGUCAACUUGUGCAAUGGUAGAAUCAAUCUUGAGGUCAAAUGGUUAUCGUACCGGAUUUUUCAGUUCACCCCAUCUAAUAUCCGUUACGGAAAGGGUACGGUUGAAUGGAAAACCGGUUUCAACCGAUAAAUUUAGUGCUCACUUUUGGAAGAUCUAUAACCAGCUGAUGGCAUCGCGGGAGCAUACUCGGGACAUGCCUUCAUAUUUUUGUUUUUUGACUAUAAUGGCCUUCGACAUUUUUUUACAAGAAGCUGUUGAUGUUUGUGUAGUCGAGGUUGGCAUUGGCGGUCGCUACGACUGUACGAAUGUGUUACGGAAAACUAAUACAGUCGGUAUAACUUCGCUGGGUUUGGAGCAUAUAAAGCUGCUGGGCAAUACGUUGGGGGAAAUUGCAUGGCAAAAGGCCGGUAUCAUAAAGCCUGACUCAGACGUAUUUACAGUUCCUCAGCCCACACAGUGCAUAGAAGUGAUUGAGCAGGAAUGUCAUCUAUCAAAGGCCAAUCUACACAUAGUAUCACCGGGCUUGCAGGAAUAUGCUUGGGCCAAGAAACCCUCACUGAUGGAAGACGCGUGCAACAUAAUAGAAAUGAAUACUUCGUUGGCCAUUCAGAUAGCAACGUGCUGGAUACACAAGACGCAAAAGGUUGCACGGAAUAGUGAAACAAUGUUUAUUACAAAACAGACCGUUAAAGGCAUAGAAGAUUGUUUUUGGCCUGGGCGUUUUCAGCGAAUAUCAUAUGAUACGCAAAAAACUCUUUAUCUCGACGGUGCUCAUACGGUGGAAAGUAUAGAAAUAUGCGCCCGUUGGUAUUAUGCUAAAUCUAAAUGGAACCACAAACGUUUGCUGAUUUUUAACACAACUGGAGACAGAGAUUCAUUAAAGUUGCUAUCCACUCUUUUAUGCACAAUUAAAUUCGAUGGUGCAUUCUUUGUUCCAAACGUAGCUUUCUCCAGCACUACGCAAGCCGAUGCCAUAAAUCAUAAUUUUCCCUUCGAACAUCAAAUGCAACGAUGUAGAACAAACCGUGAUUAUUGGGUUGAAGCGAUGAAAAAUAAGAACGGAUUUGUGCAUGAAUCGAUCGAUUCCGUGUUUGCCCAAAUCGAUAAAGAAUUUUCGUGUGAAAUUUCCGAUAUUCUUAUUACUGGAUCUGUACAUUUGAUUGGAGCCGUAUUGACAGCACUAAAGCUGGAACGUUUUACUCACUCCAACCGUAAGCUUCGUAUGUCCCAUUGA